CACACAACCUGCACACGACCAUCUAUUUCCCCGCAUUAAGUGAACCUGAAAAUGAUAGACUAUGACAUGGACUUUGAGUUGAGCUCAUCGUCAUCUCGAGAUUCAUCCCCGUCGUCGUCGCCGUUGUUAGCACCCUUAGACUCAUCUCCGCCCUCGAGUCCUCAGCAUGAGACGUAUAUCUUAGACUCUCCACCACAAACGCGCCUAGGUUUCUCUCACCCAUUCGCGGCCUCAACAAAAGCCAACAAACGCCCUCCACAGCGGGAAAAGAAGGCAGAUACUCCUCCGAGUACGCCUCCCGCAUUUAUUCCGAAAUCAUUGUCUCGCAACUCAGUCUAUUCUCGCUCGCUGGGAGAAAAAGAUUACUUGCACGACGAAACGUCAAGUCUCUUUUCUCUAGACUCGAGCACAUCGCAUUACAUUGAUCGCGAUGAGCGAUUAUGGGACGACGCGCUGCGUAAACCCUUCGAUACAGGUAAUGGGCACAUAGACCUGAGUAAUCUAUCAUUGAAGACAAUUCCCGCGUCGGUCGCAGAUCUCGCAGGUUUUUUCAACACGACAGAAUUAUCCGAGCAAAGUCUAUUCUCCGGACGGAGUAUGUCACGCAUCAAAACCGAGCCAGUUUUCGAGUCCCGAGUGCGUUCAUUUGAACGGACAAAGUCCAUCAUAGACUCGGGCAAGGAGCGUCAUAUGCUGCAACUCUACCUCUUUGGAAACAGCAUCCGCGAUCUUCCUCCUGAGCUUUUCAAGUUAGAAAAUCUGACUGUAUUGAGUCUGCGCGGGAAUCAGUUAACAUAUAUCCCCCCGGAGAUAUGUCGUUUAAUCAACUUGAAGGAGUUAAAUAUCUCGCAGAACCGCUUGUCAUACAUCCCAUCGGAGAUGCGAGAUAUGAAACUCUUGAAGUUACAACUCAACCCAAAUCCCUUUUUAGCCGAACUUUGCGUCCCUUUCGCCUCUCGCGACAUCCUGUCUCAGCGGCGGCCCAUGACCCGCAUAUCCCCACAAUACGGGGAGAUCUCGAUGAAUUCAUCGAGAGCGAUCACAGUAUCUCCCUUGACGACGUUUCUUCCGGGCGUACCUCCACUGACUGAGAUCUGUUAUCGGAAGUUGCUUUGUUCACUGAAAGGCGAAAACUCUCGGACUGUGCUCAGCGAAUAUUAUGGGGUCCCUCUUUCCAGCGUUUGGAACGUACCAGAAAAUGUACGCGAGGUGUUGACGGAGAACGUGCCCGGUGUUUUCAAGUCCAAUGGUAUCCCUCGAAAGCAUGGCAGGAGGCCGUCGCAGGGCUCGGGCGGGUGUGCAAACCCGGAGCACAAGGGCCGAUUCUUCGUGAGGCACGCUGCGGAACGAUUCACAUGGGAGCGUCGCAUUGCUGGUGUAAACGUGGGCGGAGCAGUUCCGCUGCGAUGGAGAGGGUGCAUAGAGACGUGCUUGGGGUUCUUGGAUGAGGAUGCACGCCAGGCUAACGCUAUAGAGCUGCCACCCACGGAUGCGAUGGAUUUUGAUGAGACGGAGGCCGUGAUGGCAAUGGACUUGAGCGGGUUCGGCGUGGAUGAAUUUGAUGACUGAAGGUAUACCAACGAACAAUCAAGACACUUCGUAUUGUGACAAAUUUGUAUAGUGAGUAUCUGUUUCCAUCGUCCUGUAUGAUAUAUACUAUACCUUGUGCAUCAACCUUUAUAGUGUCAGUGACUACAUAUGCCUUACAACUGGAUUGCAAUCACCUGCUUCUCAUUUACGUAUAGGAAUUUUUGGCCGCUCCCGGCUCCGGUAACUGACUUACAAGUAACUUCAUAUUAAUAGAUAGAUCAGGCUUCCCAAUUCCUCCUUAGCC